GUGUUAAGGAUUGUGGUUGACUUUAAAGAGUUUGUUAUUUCAGUUGUUUUAUGUUAUUAUUAUUUUUGUGUAUUUUAUGUUUGUAUGUAUGUAUGGUUGUACUGCUGCCUGUCUUGGCCAGGACACUCUUGAAAAAGAGAUUUUUAAUCUCAAUGAGUCUCAUCCUGGUUAAAUAAAUGUAAAAUAAAAUAAAAAUAAUUUUUUUUUUUUAUAAUUUUGAUUCGGCAGUGUUGUUGGACUAUUUUCCCAUGCACCUAUCGUUUUUCUUAGGUGUGCUGAGUUUGUGUUGAUUGAUUUUGUCAUUAUUUGUGAAAUUGAAUUGCAGCUGUGAAAAUAAUAAUAUAAUUAAGUAAAUAAUAUACACAUUUUUUCAGUCUAGUGUUCUGAAGCUUUUUGCAUGGAUCAGACAGAGAUUUUCUCAGUAAAGACGUACAUUUUUAAAGACAACAUUUGUAUUCAUUGAACAUUCAUGUAUUUAUGUACAUUUACUCUACAUAUUGUGUGGUAUGCGUUGGUAAAAUGGGUGUAUUACAACAAAUAUUAUGUUUGUGUUUGUGUGGGUCAGUGGCAUAAUGCUGUCUGAGGGUCUUGUGGUUCUGUGUUUGUUGUCCUCCCUGUAGACAUUUGAGAGUACUUUUAGAUACUGUGGUUUGUUUUAUUCUUAGAGACCAUUGUGAGUGUGCUUGCCCCCCUCUUAAAUAACUCCCAGCGAUUACCAUUGUUAUUCUGCAAAUGGUACGAACCACAGGCUUGGCUUCUAUGUGCCUCUGGCCAGUGAAAAAGAGUGGCAUUCCAGACCAAAAAAGCAAGCCGAAUCAAAUUUUGCCCCCAAUCUUUCGCCUAUUUUUAUUUCCAUAUUUGGAAAUGUUUACCUCCUCAUGACUCCACAGUGCAGCAGGAAGAAGCACUAUGAGUCAUUUUAACAGCAUAAGGGCCUGGCUGUGGGUUCUCCUCACUGAGGGCUUCUCUAGUCCAUAGACACACGGGAUGCUGUCUGUGAUCAUCUGGUGAUUUGUUUUUGCUCCUGAAAAAGAAUCAGAUUUCUUGACUCCAGAAAGAUGUGGGGUGGCCAUAAUGAUGGUGACCAGCAAGGUCAUGUGAGUGCACGAAUGGAGACCAGCUUACCCAUGGGUACCACUAGUAUUUCUGUAUCCCAGCAACAGGCUCCUAAGAAGUUUGCUCCUGUUGUGGCUCCCAAGCCCAAGUUCAACCCCUAUAAACAGCUCGAGGAUGCAACACACGAGGGAGCUGGAGACUAUCCCCUACCUCCUCCACCUGUCGUUGACACCAGCGGGUUCCCGUCUCCAUCCAGCUUCCCACCUCCUCCACCAAUGGAUGAGGCCUCCCUUGGCUUUCAGAUAAAAGGACCUGAGAAAACUCUAGAAGAGAGACGUUCUAGUCUGGAUGCUGAGAUCGACUCCUUGACCAGCAUCCUGGCUGACCUAGAGAACAGCUCACCGUACAAACCGCGCACCCCGCAGAAUUCUUCCAGCCCAGCUGCAGCAGGCUCCAACACCCCUGUUACAGGCUAUCGGCGCAUGGUCAUCCCAACUCAACCCCCUCUAACUGCCACCAAAAAAUCCACCCCGAAACCACAGGCCUCUUCGACUGCCCCUCCUCCGGCUUCAUCUUCUCCACGACCUCAAUACCAAGCCGCUCCCCAGCCUGUCCCCGCAUCCUACACCACCGCCUCUACUCCGAGCCAGCCAACCUUCAAUGUUCAGGUCAGGGCCGCCCAGCCUGGCCCCCAGCAGCAGCCGGUCCGUGGUCCAGCGCAGGUACAGUACAUGCCGGCUCAACCCAGAGGCCCUGAUUUUGCAUACGGGCCUCCGCAGCCGGGAUUCUGUCCUGCUCCAUCUGGAGGCUACCAAGACCAGCACUAUGGUGGAGCUCCUACUUAUGGAGGUCAGAAUACAUGGAGAGCAGAGCCAAGUCACCAUGCCGCUCCCCCACCCAACCAAGGGUACCAGCCCGCUCCCCCGAAGAAAACCUACAUCACUGAUCCACCUGCCAGCCUGGCACCCUUCGGCGGUGGGCCUUCUGCUCCUCAUAAGGGUCGUCCUGAGGAGGAACUGGACCGUCUGACAAAGAAGAUGCUGUAUGACAUGGACAACCCCCCCUCUGAGGAGUAUUUUGGUCGCUGUGCAAGCUGUGGGGAGAAUGUGGUCGGUGAGGGGACGGGUUGUACUGCCAUGGACCAGGUCUUCCACGUGGACUGCUUCAUCUGCAUGACUUGUGGCUCUAAGCUCAGAGGGAAGCCCUUUUAUGCUGUGGAGAAGAAGGCCUACUGCGAACCCUGCUAUAUCAACACCCUGGAGACCUGCAACAUAUGUAGUAAGCCCAUAAUGGAGCGUAUCCUACGGGCAACUGGGAAGGCCUAUCAUCCCCAGUGCUUCACCUGUGUGGUCUGCCAUCGCAGUCUGGACGGCAUUCCCUUUACUGUGGACGCCUCCAACCACAUCCACUGCAUCGAAGACUUCCACAAGAAAUUUGCCCCUCGUUGCUCUGUGUGUAAAGAGCCCAUAAUGCCAGCACCUGGCCAGGAGGAGACUGUGCGUAUUGUGGCUUUAGACCGUGACUUCCAUGUGCAGUGUUAUCGCUGUGAGGAUUGUUGCUGUCUUCUCUCUGAGGGAGACAACCAGGGUUGCUACCCUCUGGAUGGCCAUGUUCUCUGCAAAAACUGCAACACCAGUCGCAUCCAGGCCCUCACUGCCAAGGCUACGACUGACCUCUGAGUAACACACGUAUCUACAUGCAGGUCCCUAAUAUCCCUGCGUUCAUCAAAUCCUGAGAAACACCAUAUCCUGUCACAUCACUGCACACAAAUAUUUAUGCUCAGACAAAUGCACAUGUACACAUAAAGCUGUCAUUCCACUUAAGAGGCCACGACUUAUCUUGUCGCUCAUGCACCUCCACACACUGUGCCUUGUAUUAAAAUUGCACUCGUUUAUUCUGUCCAAUCAUUUUUAUUAGCAGAUAUGUAUUCACCAGGGCCCACUACAUCUGCUUGUAAACAUCUAAACGAAGUAGGCCUAUAGAGCAAGACUGUUAGAUUCUAACUGAUGUUCACAGAGCUGUUCAGUUGAGAAGUGGGACAUUAAGAAAACCCUCAUAGAACAUCAUAGAAUCUACCUCUAAAAAGGGACCAUGCUGUCUGAUCACUAUGCAUUCCAGUAUGUAUCCAACCUACAGCUUUCGUUUUAUUUUUAAUCUCUGCAGUGUAUUGUCACAAUCCAUCCCAACUUUCACAUAGAGCUACUAGUUACACAUGAAGUCACACAAGUAUACAUUCUCUGCAGUGACUUUAUCAAAUAACGCAGAUACAAAAAUAAUUGGAAGUUUUCAUUACGCAUCAUUCAAGCUUGUUAAACAUAUUUUUUAAUCUUCUUAUGGCGGCUGUGAAAUUGGAGUUUCAUGUUUGCUAAGGUACACAAGUCAGUAUAGAAAGACCUGGACCUUCACCUUGAGUCGUGCAUCACACCUGCUUCAUCAGCAUGUUUUUGUGAACAUACUGUACAGGUCUAUGUUUGUGAAUGCAUAUGCUUUCAAUUUACAUUUCUGAAUUUACCCUUUGAGAUGAACGUUACCAAAGAGCUACAUUUACUUUCUCUGGGACAGCGUGUAUGUAUAUUAUUGUAUGCUUAUGAAAUCUAAUGGGAAAAGUAUUUUAUCCUUUAAGGACUGUGAAUGACCUUCAGUAGCUCAGAAGCCCAAAUAUUUUGUGGUUCAUUCAGUACGGUUUGCUGUUUCUUCCUCAGUGUACCGCUUCAAUUCAAGUGAAUUUAGCAAGAAUUAAUCUGCGCUUUGAACUUUUUUUUGUGGUUUGGUGUGUUUUUUUUGUUUGUUUUUUUGUUUUUUCAAAUUGCGCUCAGUUAUCUCAUUUAUUUGUAUAUCAUGAGUGAAAAUGGUGAAAAGGUUUUAGGAUAAAAUGUAUGUAUUUAGAUAUGCACAGUGAAUUGUGCAAUAAUGUCACGGCAGAUUGAGAAUCAUUUGGUAAUGAAUUAAAAUUCUCAGAGGAAAACCUGUCAGAUUAGUGAUAAAAUGUGUGACAAUCAGGGCUGAAAGGAUGUUGGAAAUGUGUUUUAUUUUAUCUAAUUUGAUCUAAGACUUUAAGGGCUGAUGAGAGACAGCCUGGUGAGCAAUAUUUUAAAUAUCCUCAAAUUGUGAAUUUAUUGUAAUAUUAGUUACAUUAGAUAGAGAUACGUAUUAAUAAAAAUAGGAAAAAUAAUUUUUCUUUCGUAAUUUUGUACAUGGACGAUAUCAUUAUGCAAAUUUCUUCUUUGUUGUUGCAUUGACACUUUACUAAGAAGGAUAUGCAGACAUUUUUUUUAUUCAACAAGAAAGUGUUCAAGCUGUUCUUAAAGCUACAGUGCACACAUUUUGGGAAAAUCUGAAAUUAUGUGUAUAUAUCUACAGAGUUCCAUUAUAAAUUUCGAGGUUUAGAGAGUUAACACCUGAGGAAAUUUCCAGUCAUAUCAGUGUGCUGCAGUGAUGCCCUAGGGAACUUCCCCUCUGGUUGAAGGGUAAAUUCAGAUGUGAAAGUCAUGAUAUAUAUAUGCAAACCGGAUAUAAAUACACGGUUACGAGCACCUCUUGAUUUAUUAUGGCAGUUUGUGGAUUUUCAGUGUAUAAAAUGAAAUGUGCUGUAGCUUUAAGCUAUGAGAGCUUCAUUAGUGCUUCAGUGCUUCAAUCUGUACACUCUUACCUUUUCUAUAUGCGCCUUUUUGUGUGAAACUGAGGUGUUUUUUUUUUUUUUUUAAACACAAACACAGCUGUGACUUGUGGCUGAUGUUACGUGUUUGAAUUGUCUGUUUUGUUUUUGUUAUUGUGGGGGGUUUUUUUUUCCUCUCUCUCUUUUUUCUAUUCACACUACCUAGAGGCUAUGCAUGUUCGCAACUUGAACCAAUCUUUAUUUCCAGGUUUUAUAUAGAAAGACCAAAUAUUUUAAUACUUAAUUAGAUAUUUCGUUGUAUUAUGUCUUUAAAAACAUUAAGUGUUAUUGGAAAGAGAAUUAUUGCCGUAUUACUUGGCACAUUUAGGGCGUCCUUCCUCUCUUUUGCUUCACUCCUUAUUCCCCAAACCCAUCUCAAGUUCUUUUUAUUCAAAUUGCUUAUAGAUUUGUUUCAUCUGUUAAACAUUUUUGCUCAUUUGAGUUGUUCAAAUUGAUUUGUUCUGUUCAAGUAUUUGAUUAGGAUGCAAUUUAAAACACUUUGUACUAAGUUUCCCCAUUUGUGAUCAUUACAGUAGCAAUAACCUGAUGAUUAUUUGAAAUUGUUGUUGCGGCAGAUGCAGAAUACUGGCAUUCAAGUGCCUUGAAAUAUGUGGUAUAUUUGAAUUGUCAUAUAUAGGGCACUUUGAUGAUUUUUUUCUUUUUUUUUCUUGAAGAUAUUAUUGUGUAAAACAACCUAAUCUGUGCCCUAAUGACAUUCUAAGUAUAUACUUGGAUUCUGUUCUUACACUCUGUUGUUUUUGAUCACAUACAACUUCCUCUAUAAUUAAUAAACCUUUUGAAAAACU